AUGGCUGCUUUGGAAUGCCUGAGAGACAUUGGGCUUGAUAAAGAUCUCGAGGGUUUGUCCUCGAAAGGUCAUUGCAUGAUUCAUACUCGAUGGUGCCACAGUAUGGCCGGGGAAGAAUACGGCCGCAUUUACUCCUGGGGCAAUGCACCGGAGCGAAAGGGCGACUAUGAAUUGGCUAGUCCGUGUGCACCAGCCGAUCUGCCACAGACUCUACUUGAGCCCGUCCUUGUUCGUCAUGCCACCAACAAUGGUUUCAAGACCAGAUUCGACACGACGCUGCUGCAAUUCGAAACAAAUCCCAAAACCGGCCUGGUCACAGCCACUCUACGUGACAACGUCUCCAAGUCAGAAUACCAAGUCCGAACCAAGUACCUCUUGGGAGCCGAUGGUGCCCGGAGUCAAGUCGUGAAACAGCUCGACCUACCUCUCGCAAUCAAGCCAGGUCAGGGAAUGGCCAUCAACGUGUUGGUCAAAGCUGAUCUGUCCCAUCUGGUCGAACACCGACGAGGCAACCUGCACUGGGUGAUGCAGCCCGACAAAGAGCAUCCCGAAUUUGGCCAGAUGGGCAUUGUGCGCAUGGUGAAGCCGUGGCAUGAGUGGAUGUUCAUCUUGCUGCCAACUCGAGACUGCGACCCACAAAUCUCCCCUUCAAAGGACGAAUACCUCCAAAGAGUUCGAGACUUCAUUGGUGACGAUACGCCCGCCGAGAUCACUGACGUCUCCAAGUGGUUUAUUAAUGAGAUUGUUGCAGAGAAAUACUCUGAAGGAAACGUCUUCUGUCUCGGUGAUGCCGUCCACCGUCACCCGCCUUUCAAUGGCCUAGGAUCCAACACGUGUAUCCAGGACGCCUUCAACUUGGCCUGGAAGUUGGCCUACGUCCAUCGUGGGCUAGCAAACCCUUCACUGCUCUCGACCUACAGCACUGAGCGCCAACCUGUGGGCCACCAAAUCAUCACACGGGCAAAUGACGGAUUCCGGGACCAUUUUGAGAUCUGGGAGGCACUAGGUGCCCUACCUCCAGACCUGAACAGCCGCAAGGCGAUAUUUGGCGAGCUCAGUGCUCCGACGGCUGCUGGCAAAGAUCGACGACGUGCGUUCCGGGAAGCAAUUAAGCAGACGUCCCACGAGUUUCACGGUCUUGGUGUUGAAAUGAAUCAGAGGUACAGCGGUAUUGGUAUCUAUGACGCUGACGAGCCAGACCCAUACAAGCACACCGGGCGCGCCGCGCAAGAUCCGAUUCUCUACCACGAAAAGCGCACGUUUCCCGGAACUCGUCUGCCACACGUCUGGCUCAACAAGGCCAUUCCCACGGAACCUAAGUCGACCAUUGAUCUCGCAGGGCACGGCGCAUUUACCAUCUUCACGGGCACAGGAGGUGAACACUGGCAUGCGGCGGCGGAAAGGGUAUCUGCCAACCUCGGCAUCCCCAUCUCUGUGCAUUCCAUCGGGUUCCGACAGCAAUGGGAGGACGUGUACUAUGAUUGGGAGCAGGUGCGCGGGGUUGAAGAGUCUGGAGCUGUCUUGGUUCGGCCAGAUCGAUUCGUUGGCUGGAGAGCACCGGUAGUCUUGGACAGCCAAGAAGCGUGCGAGGCAAAGCUUUCAGAUGUGCUCGGUUCGAUUCUUGGCUUGCAGUGA